CCCGCCACGCCUCUACUCUCCUGUCCCGACUGACGUUGGGCAACAAAGAUGGCGGCGGGAACCAGCAAUUACUGGGAAGAUCUCAGGAAACAAGCUCGACAGCUGGAAAAUGAACUUGACCUGAAACUAGUUUCCUUCAGUAAACUCUGCACAAGUUACAGUCACAGCAGCGCUCGAGAUGGAGGCCGCGAUAGGUAUAGUUCUGACACAACACCCCUAUUAAAUGGAUCAAGUCAAGAUAGAAUGUUUGAGACAAUGGCCAUUGAAAUUGAACAGCUUUUGGCAAGGCUUACAGGGGUAAAUGACAAAAUGGCCGAAUACACCAACAGUGCAGGGGCCCUCUCUUUGAAUGCAGCACUGAUGCAUACGUUGCAGCGGCAUAGAGACAUUCUACAGGAUUAUACACAUGAAUUCCAUAAAACCAAAGCAAACUUUAUGGCAAUACGGGAAAGGGAGAAUCUCAUGGGAUCAGUACGAAAAGAUAUUGAGUCGUAUAAAAGUGGGUCUGGAGUGAACAACAGGAGAACAGAACUGUUUUUGAAAGAACAUGACCACCUUCGGAACUCUGACCGUCUGAUAGAAGAAACCAUAAGCAUUGCUAUGGCAACAAAAGAAAACAUGACGUCCCAGAGAGGAAUGCUCAAGUCAAUUCACAGCAAAAUGAACACUUUGGCCAACCGUUUUCCUGCCGUGAACAGCCUGAUACAAAGGAUCAACCUUAGGAAGCGCCGCGACUCGCUCAUCCUUGGAGGGGUCAUUGGCAUCUGUACCAUUCUGUUGCUGCUGUACGCGCUCCACUGAAAGGACAGCCCCAGGACUCUGCCCACUGCCUUCAUGCCGUGCCCUGGCGUGGGGAAACGAGGAAGGGAAAGACUGUCCUGGCCACAAGCCUGCCAGCCAGAUGAAUUCUAAUGCCACCCUUGACUUGGACCUGGUCGGACUGAACUGAAGCCACAGUUUUUCUGUGCUAGCUUUUCUAAUACACAUUACUCUGUUUUUAAUUUUAAAAACAACAACAACAAAAGGUUUUCAGUUGCUUGUGUCUCCGUAGGAGGUAAGCAAGCAGAAGCCGAGAACUGGGCUUCAGUGACUGGUGGAGCCUGAUGACCAGCAGGCCUCAUAGCUGGACUCCUCACAGCGCCAGGCUCUCCACAUCCAAAGAAGGCUUUGCUUUCAGCCACGAGAUUGGAUGUGAACAAAAAUAAUCCUUGUCCUUUUAUUUAACACUUGUGAUGAGAAAUCAGCUGUCCUUGGCUGAUACUCUGUGAUCUAGAUUCUAUUCUGUGUCCCUAACUCUUGGCAGUCAAGAAAAAUUCCAUUUUGCACCAGUUCUGUGAGAUGCUGAUAGUCCAGCUUCAUCAUGGUUGAGGUUGUCUGAACUGGAGAGCACUAUAGGAAGGGCGUGUCUUUUCUGGUUCACUGUGAGCGCUGGGUCAGCUAUACGGCCGCAAAUACAUCAAGAAUGCAGGCCUUGCACCGAAGAGCUGGUCAUUGUUUAUUAUUACUUCCACUGGGUUAAUAUUUGCUUCUACACGAUAAAAUUGCAUUUCCACUCUGACAGACAGCCAGUGUCUGUCACUGCCCCUAGUGGUCCCUCAUCAUGUGAAGAUUAGUACUAGGAACUGAGGGAGGGACUGUGGCUCUCAGUGAAGUCUACUCAUGAGCCACAUGUGAGAAGACAUUGAGGGUGGCUCUCCAUGUCAUUCCAUUGGACAGUGCCCUGCAGCCUGGUUCAUAGGAACUCUGCCCUGUGAGGACCUAUUCAUUCCUCAUCUGUUAGGAUCCUCUACACCCCCAGGCCACGGUCUCAUUGUUGAAGGUGCCUGUGACUCCUAUCUGCACCUGUUUAUUGCUAUGGACAGUGACAGAGUUGUAAAGGCCUUUUGAGGUUAGCCAGUUUUCAGCACCUGAAAUCGAUAACUUGUCUUACUGAACUAGCAGAUAUUUUAAAGACCCCCAACAUCUAUGCUCACUGAGAGAGAAGGCUGCUAGUCCCCACUGGAAUAGCCUCUGGUACCCCGGCAAUGAGAGGAGGGUGUUAGGGUGUAGCUCUUUACCACCUCAUGGUGUGCGGACUAGAUAUACAUACUGCUCAUGGGUAGAUUGACAUCCAGUCUGGGACUGACUGAGAGGAGAGGUUUGUCAUUCUAGUGGUGAAGCGUUAGGACAUUCUGGGUAUGAAAGGCAUUUGAUAUAUUUUUCUUAAUUAUGGGGUUUAUUUUUCUAAGUAUGGGUUAAUCAGCUUGUUGACUGGGUAUGCCCUUAAAAGGAAAUUAAAUUUCCCACUGUGGACUUUAAAGAAUCAGGGCAAUUUGUUUGUUAAAUUCUCCUUGGGAGAACAGAACUUCUCUUCCCUGAUACUUUAUUAUCUUUGAUUUUUUUCAAAGGGCCUUGAUUAGUGGUUGUGUCUCAGCUAGACUUUAUGGGAGUUUGGCUGUUAUGUAGUGGGCAUAUAUAAAACCUGAAGUAUCCUAAAUAAAGUUAUUUAUUUAAAUAUAUUGCCAGUCUUCUACUGGUUUGAUUACUUAGUUCAUCCACUAAAGCUGAUGAGGGAGAGUAAGCCAGGGCAGGGCCUGGUGCCGGGUGGGCCACAGCACAGCACACAGCUGAUGCCAGGUGGGCCGCUCCAGGAGGUUGUGCUUAGAUGAGCAAAUAGAAUUAUGUUGCCUGUUUUCCUUUUGAAGGUAAACCAGUUCUUCCAAGGAUGCUGAGAACACUCGCUGUAGAGGCUGGGGUCUGUAGCUGGGGUCUGACUGACCUCCCAGUGUGGUGCUCCAGAGGGAGGGUGGAGCCCUUUACAGGACCCUGUGGUAGCCUAUAAGAACUUCAGUUUGUGACCUUUAACCCUUCAGGUUGUCUUCCUUUCUCCCCUUGGGGCUUACAUACCCAGUUUUCAGGCUUAGGAGCUGGCAGUUAAGAAGUUCUGGUCAGAACCUGCUGUCAGAGGCCUUUUUGAUUUGUGAUCCCCGUGAAAUGCUGCUGCUUAGGAAAGAUUUAUUCCCAUAACCAUCAUUUUUACAGAAUACCUUUUAAAAAAUAUUUUUAGUAACCAUUCAAAACUUCCCACUUCACUAAAGGAUAGGAAAAAUGGAAACAAACAGGAGAAAAUUCCAAGUGUGUGUGUGUCUUGAGAGUAACUCCAGCCUCAGCCUCCUGAGAACCUUGGACUGCUAUCUGAUGCAGACUACCCACCAUGCCCAGGCCCAACAGGAAGUUCCUACAAUUUUGUCUUGCUGUGUGCCAGUGACUUAGUAAAGAUGUUCACUACGUUGUUCCUGAUAUCCACAACUGUGGCAGAUUGCCUGCCCUGGCCGUCCCUGGACUCCAGUGAUGCUGAAGGGUUCUCUGCCGCCUGCAUUAGUCACCUUUUAUUUUUCCCUUCUCCUUGAUACCAAAUUUCCUUUUGUUGAGAAUGUCUUUUCCUUUUCUUCUGGUACUCAGAUCAAAUGUGGGAAUCUUGGAAGUUAAGAAUGCAGACAGGGAAGGAAAGAACUACCUUGAGGAUACCAGGUACCUAGAACAAGAUACUUACCUGAGUACCUCCAUGUUGAUGUGGAUCUGUGGGUAGAAGUGCUCACUGGUCCCUUGAUGCUGUGGCCUGGGGCCAUGGAGUUGAGGGACCUUGAUCUUCACCCCCAUCCUUAUUACCUGUCUCGUUGCUGAUGAUUGGAACUUAAGGAAAUUUUAAGGAUUUUAAGAAUGGGCCUGACCUUUCUGACUAUCAUCUGUCAUUAACUAGACAAGAUUUAUGGAACUUCACUGAGUUUUCAAACUUGUAAUAGUAAGUUUGGGGUAAAUGCUGUGCCCAGUCACUUGUAGUAAAUGUGACAGAGCAGUCAAACCUACUCAAGUGAUUGAGUGUUCUCUGUUCUCCUUCACAGUAGUCUCUGAAAAGAUGUAGAAUUUCCCCAAACUCGGCUUGUUCAUUCCUGUGUGUGCCCCCACACCCCUCUCGGGGAAUCCGGAACAAGAAGCAGAGUCUAAGUAUGGUGUCUGGGUGAGAAGCUGGGGAGGCUGAGCCAUGUCUUAAAGGAUCUUUUUUUUUUUUUUUUUUUUGGCAUCUGAUCUAAAAUUGUAAUACCAAAAUAUUUGUGUCACACCCUAGUAGCUCUUAGAGAUGGGAGCAGAAUCAGUUCUGAUCACACUUUAUUCUGAUGGAAGAUGAUUUCCUCAUGAAAAAUGCCAAUACUGAUUUUUUUUAAUCUGUUCUUUUCCAAAUGCACUUUCUAAUUUUUUGCUUUUAAAAUUGCUUCUUGGAACCAAUAUUAUUGUAUUUGUACUUAAUUUUUGUUCUCAUCUAAAUGUGCAUUUUCUGACUGUAUAGAAGAAACUUUGUUAUAUAAUUUAAUAAAUUAAAUAUCUAAGUAGU